AUGACCUCAGACGCGCACACAGAGCAAGCUAAAGGCCUCACAGCUCGUUGCUUGAGGAAGCUCCAACCUCUCAGUAUGAAUGUCUUUGCUGCGAUGACCUUAAUACAGUUGAACCCUGAUCACCACAGGUCUGAGCCAAUACCAUCAACCAAUUCCAAACCGGAGAGCGGAGGUGAGCAGAACGCUGACCUGAACCCCAUCUCAGCAUCACACCGUCCGACACAAAAUGUCAAGAACGUCUGUGAGAGCUCAACAUUGGGUGGAGAAGUUAAAGAGAAGCCGCGCACGGACUCGGAACAACCGGAGAGGAUCCGUGCGGUUCCGAUCUACCGGCGUCCGGACCUGCUGCUUCCCUGCGCAGACCUGGUCAACUCUGAGUGGCGGAGGAGCCAGGCCGCCCGGCUUCACUCUCUGCAGAAGUCCUGUCCGGAGUUCCCCGUCUGCCUUGUUCUCCUGCAGGGCCGAGGGGAGACGGAGCGGCUGCUCGGCCACGCCCGGCUGUCCCAGGUCGUGGGUCACAGCAGCAGCCUGUUCGUCGAGUCGGUGGUGGUGUCCAGGGCGGAGCGCGGGAAGGGCCACGGCCGCACUCUGAUGGACGAGACUGAGCGCUACGCCAAAAGCAGAGGGUUCAAGCGCCUGUGCCUGACAACCCACGACAAGCAGCACUUCUACGCCCACCUCGGCUACGCGCUGUCGAUGCCGGUGCAGAACGCAGGCGCCAUGACGGCGUUUGUUCCCAUGGAGACUCUUUUGAGGUUCUCCAGAAUGCCGAGUGAAGAGGCGAACACACAGCAACCAGCACGCACGAAGAUGGAAGUGUCUCAAGGAGGGGCUUGUGUCGUGGGGUUACCUCCACCUUCUGGUUUACCUCCUCCGUCCAUCCCUCCUCCUCCACCUCCUCCGUCCAUCCCUCCACCACCUCCUCCAUCCAUCCCUCCUCCUUCUCUACCACCUCCUUCCUCCAUCCCUCCACCACCACCACCACCACCCCCUCCGUCCAUCUCUCCUCUUCCACCACCACCCCCUCCGUCCAUCCCUCCUCCACCUCCACCCCCUCCCUAUAUCCCUCCUCCUCCUCCUCAGCUUGUAGUUCAGACUCUGACUGAAACUCCCUACAGAGACGCCAAAGGCGUUCCCAUCUAUUGGAUGCACAAAGACAUUUGACGAACACACAGUCAGAUACACUUGGGAAAGCAUUCUCCCGCAUUCAUUUUAGAUAAUUACAAAAAAAAAACCUGCACAUUAAUGAAUUGAUUGUGCUU